AUGAAAAAGUUGCCCCUUCGUUUCCGGGCUAGUCCUCUUGUGGUGUCUGGAGUAGCCAGAGUAUUGCCCUGCAUAAGUGGAAUUUUGCCUUCGUUUUCCGUGUCUCAAGAAGUACGGAAUGAAUUUGCAUCAGUAGAACUAGGAGACCCUCAAUUUCAUACGCCAGCAAAAUUUGAUUUGCUUCUGGGUGCUGAGAUACCAGCCCUUCCUUACAGGAGGAAUCAAAGCGAUUUUGGGAGACUGAGGAAGUCACAGUUUCGAUUCCGCUGA